AUGUCUCGUCAAACAUCAAGACUCGAUGCUAAGAAAGUGAAUUCGGAACUAUUAACUCUCACAUACGGAGCCCUUGUUUCGCAAAUGUUGAAAGAAAUAGAUAAUCCAGAUGACGUUAAUAAGCAGUUAGAGAGAAUUGGUUACAAUAUGGGCGUACGACUCAUUGAAGAUUUCUUGGCACGCACUGGAUCCAACCGGUGUAUGGAAAUGAGGGAAACUGCUGAUAAGAUACAACAGGCUUUCAGAUUAUAUAUUAAUAUGCAGCCCACAGUGACAAGUUGGAGUAGUUCUGGUGAUGAAUUCUCUCUAGUCUGGGACCAGUGUCCCCUGAGUGAAUGGGUGGAAAUGCCAAACAAUGGGCUCAAAUAUUGCGCUCUGAUUCCAGGUGCAAUUAGAGGUGCUUUACAAAUGGUUCAACUUGAUGUGCAGUGCUGGUUUAUACAGGAUCAAUUAAAAGGUGAUCCAGUGACAGAGCUCCGCAUUAAAUAUAUCAAACGCCUGGAAGAUGCGGUACCAGCUGGAGAAGAUUAA